UACAUUGCCUAACAUGAGUUAAUCAAGAAAAUUGAAAUUUGGAUGCCUUCAAAGUAGAUAUAUAUGAUGAUGCUGAAAUCAAAGGAACUCUUUAUUUUGGAUCUCUAGAUGUCACAUGCAAAUGGUGCAAGGCUAAACUUUGGAUAGAAGAGAGGGCAAUAAAGUCUAAACCACCGACCAUAGACUCUGAGUUUUCUCUAUGUUGUCAAAAGGGAUAUGUUGAUAUUCCAUACGUAGAGGAACCACCUAAACUACUGUUAUCAUUGAUUGAUGGAAGUGAACCUAGAAGCAAGCAUUACCAAGCCAACAUCAGAGCAUACAACAGUAUGUUUGCCUUUACAUCCCUUGGAGGCAAAGUGUUUACAAAGCUCAACAAUGGAAAUGGACCGCCUCAAUUUAUCUUAAGUGGAUAGAAUUAUCAUAGAAUUGAAAGUCUACUGCCUGAGCCUGGAAAUGCUCCAAAGUUUGCUCAACUAUACAUCUAUGACACUCAGAAUGAAAUUCAAAAUAGAACAAGAGUUUUUGAUGCAAGCGAUGCCGAUGGUGGGUUUGAUCUCUCAUUGGUGGAAGAUCUAAAAAACAUGUUGGACGAGUGUAACCCUCUGUGCAAAAGUUUUAGAAAGAUCCGUGAUAUGGUUGAACAGGGUCCACCUCCUAAGAUGGCUUUAAGAUUGUUUCGAAAGACGGAAAAAGACACAAGGAUGCACAAUCUACCUACUGUAGAUGAAGUUGCUGGGUUGAUAAUAGGUGAUUAUAAUGAGGCCGAGCAGGGAAGAGAUAUUAUAGUGGAUGAUGUACACAAAGGCUUAAGAAGGAUACAUGAGACACAUCCCUUAUACGUGCCACUUGAGUAUCCUUUAGUAUUUCCUAAGGGUGAUUAUGGUUAUGAGGAAGAUAUCCCUUAUAGAGAAUUUGAAGAUGAAAAUAGAAAAUCAAGAGGUUCAAGGGAUAGAGUUGCUAUCAGAGAAUAUAUUGCCUAUCGAAUUCAAGAUAGGGAUUGCGAGUUUGGAAACAUUGUUUAUGGAAGAAGAUUGCUUCAGCAGUUUUCCGUUGAUAGUUACACAAUGAUUGAAGCUCAAAGGCUAUCUUAUAUUCGGAAUAACCAGGGAAAUAUUCGUUCAGAUCUGUUGAAUGGAUUACAAGAAGCAGUUGAGAUGGGAGACAAUGACCCGCGGAAAGCUGGACGUCGUGUCAUACUUCCUGAUUCCUUUACAGGUUCACCAAGGUACAUGUUUAAUACCCGGACCUAUUCAUCACAGUAACUUGCAACCAAAAUUGGAAAGAAAUCAAGGAAUUUGUUUUAGAGAGAGGCCUUAGUGCAUCUGACAGGCCCGAUAUUAUUUGUAGAGUUUUUAAGAUGAAGCUUGAUCAAAUGAUGGCAGACUUUAAGAAGGAUGAAAUGUUUGGCAAAGUUACAGCAGGUAUGUAUACUGUAGAAUUUCAAAAGAGGGGGCUACCACAUGCACACAUUCUUUUAUGGUUAGAAGGUGUCAACAAACUGCACACAACUAAGGAAAUAGAUAGGGUGAUAUCUGCAGAGAUUCCCCAUCCACAACUAUAUCCAAAGUUGCACUUGGUCGUUUCAACAUACAUGAUGCGUGGACCAUGUGGAGGUGUGAACUUGAACUCACCUUGCAUGAAGGGAAAAAGGUGCACAAAAUACUUUCCAAAGAAGUUUUUAGAUUCAACUUCCAUAGAUGAGGAUGGUUUUCCAGUCUAUAAAAGAAAAGACAAUGGUGUUAGUGUGAUAAAAAAAUGGAACUCCUUUGGAUAACAGGUAUGUUGUUCCUUACAAUCCAACCCUCUUGAUGAGAUAUCAAGGACAUGUUAAUACUGAAUAUUGCAACAAGUCAAAUGCAAUAAAGUAUCUAUUCAAAUAUGUCAACAAAGGUCCUGAUAGAGCAAACCUCCAUAUUAAAAAACAAGCAGGAGACAAAGAUGAAGAAGGCCCGAUUGAUGAAAUUAAGCGUUACUAUGAUUGUCGAUAUGUGUCACCAUGUGAAGCAUGUUGGAGAAUAUUCAUGUUUGAUAUACACGAGAAAUGGCCUUCUGUUAUGAGAUUAGCUUUACAUCUAGAGGGUCAGCAAUGUGUUAGGUACAAGGAAAACCAGAAGCUCCAAAAUGUUAUGAAUUAUCAUCAAUAGGUUCCAACUAUGUUUCUUGCUUGGUUUGUUGCAAACCAAGAGUAUAGUGAGGGUAGACAUCUAACAUAUGCUGAGUUUCCAUCUAAAUUUACUUAUUAUCCUGACAAGAGGAAAUGGCAUCCAAGGCAAAGAGGUUUUCAGAUUGGGAGGCUUUCUUACAUUCCUGUAGGCUCCGGUGAACUUUACUAUAUGCGGAUUUUGUUGACAUUUCAAAAGGGUUGUAAAGGGUUCAAUUGUAUUAAAACUGUUGAUGGCAAGCUGUAUGACACUUUUCAAGAUGCAUGUUAUGCGCUUGGGUUAUUGUCUGAUGACAAAGAGUUCAUUGAUGGAAUUUUCGAAGCUUCUAGAUCACAGAGUGGUCAAAUGCUCCGUGUUUUGUUUGUUAGACUUUUAAUCAUGAGUACAAUGCACAAGCCUGAUAAUGUAUGGAAAGCUACUUGGAAGUUAUUAGCUGAUGGAAUUCUCUAUGCAAGACGAAGGAUCCUCAAUAUUCCAGAUUUGCGCAUUCCUGAGAGUGAUUUGCAAAAUCUUUGCCUUAUUGAGAUAGAGAAGUUGCUGAUGUGUAAUGGGAGAUCAUUGAAAGAUCACAAAACUUUGCCUUACCUAGUGUUCGAUGAGUUACUGGCCCAACCAAAUAAAUUUAUUGCUGAUGAAUUGAACUAUGACAAAGAUCAGCAAGGUCAGCUACAUCAAUCCCUUCUUGAAAAACUCACUGAUGAGCAGUAUGAUGUUUAUGCUACAAUCAUGAAAUCUGUUGAGGGACAGGAUGGUCAGUUCUAUUUUUUGUAUGGAUAUGGUGGAACCGGAAAGACCUUUAUGUGGAAGACACUAUCAGCAGCCAUCAGGUCACAAGGCAAGAUUGUAAUUAAUGUUGCAUCGAGCGGAAUUGCAUCUUUAUUGUUGCCUGGAGGCAAGACUGCACAUUCUACCUUUUGUAUACCAUUAAAAAUAAACGAAAAAUCAACUUGCAAUGUGAAACAACAAGAUCCUAGAGCCAAGUUGCUUAGAGAAACAAGUCUUAUUAUAUGGGAUGAGGCUCCUAUGAUGCACAAAUUCUGUUUGAAGCAUUUGACCGUACUAUGCGUGAUAUAAUGAGAGUUGUAGAUGAGGAUAACUUGAACAAACCUUUUGGAGGAAAAGUUGUGAUUUUGGGUGGAGAUUUCAGGCAAAUUUUACCUAUCGUUAGGAAAGCCAAUCGACGUGAUAUAAUGAAGUCCUCUGUUAACUCUUCUAAUAUAUGGCAUAGCGGUAAGGUCUUAAAGCUCACAAAAAACACGAGGUUAAUUGGUGAUGGCACAAGUGAUAGUGCAAAUGAGAUCAGAGAUUUUGCAAAAUGGAUUUUGGGAAUUGGAAAUGGUGAUAUGGUUGCAGAUGAAGAUGGAGAGAGCAUCAUGGAUAUUCCAGAGGAUUUGUGCAUUCCUCCAUGCAACAAUCCUCUACAAACAUUGGUUGAUUUUGUUUAUCCAGGUAUUGUUAAUAACAUUGACAAUCGAAGGAUCUUUGAAGAGAAAGCGAUACUUGCUCCUACUCUUGAUUCUGUUGAACAAGUCAAUGAGUAUGUUUUGUCACUAAUUGAAGGGGAAUCAAGAGAGUACCUCAGUUCGGAUACACCUUGCAAAUCCGAUGAGGACUAUGAUAUUCAAGGGGAUUGGUGCACUACUGAAUUUCUGAAUGACAUAAAGUGUUCGGGAAUACCAAACCACAGGUUGAUUCUGAAGACCGGAGUUCCCAUCAUGUUGUUAAGAAACAUUGAUCAAGCAAAUGGCUUAUGUAAUGGAACACGACUACAAGUCAAUCACCUUGGAAAAAAUAUCAUUACUGCUACUGUCAUUACUGGCAAGGGUAUUGGCCAAAAAGUACUAAUCCCAAGGAUGGAUUUAGUUCCCACAGAUUCAGGAUUUCCAUUCAAAUUUUCAAGAAGACAAUUUCCGAUCUCAUUGUGCUUUGCAAUGACCAUAAACAAGAGUCAAGGACAAUCAUUGUCUAAGGUUGGAUUGUAUCUACCUCGACCUGUUUUCACACAUGGGCAGUUGUAUGUAGCUGUGUCUAGGGUAACCACAAAGAAAGGGUUGAAAAUGUUGAUUUUCGAUGAAGAAGGCAAUCCAUGCACCUCAACUCUCAAUGUUGUUUAUCCGGAGGUGUUUUCUAAUUUGUAGAAAUUAUCUUAUCAGAUAACUUUGGAGCUAAAUAGAGAUGAUGCAUCUAUCUUCCACAAGGAUUUUUUUUUUU